GAAAUUAGCCUUGCUGUCACAUGAUUCACUAUUGACAGUUUUGCCGCGAACAUCAGUAGCUAGUUAGCUACAUGACUUUCUUUAGAGAAGGUUAAAUCUCUGACUUCUCUAGCUACUUGGCUAGCCUUGAUCGUUUUGUUUGUAAUAACAUUAUUUAGCGGCAGUUAGUUAUUUAAGACAAUGUUAACCUAUUCAUUUUGACCCAUUAUCUGGCAGUUUAAAUAAAACUAGUAAAUUAUCUCCGGUGACAGUCAGCUAGCUACGCUAAAGUUAGCUAAAGUUAGCUAGCAACCGCGGGAGGAAAGGCAAGAAGGGUGAAAUGACGAGCGUGGACGUGAUUUAUGAAAAGAUUCACUUCAGGCACGAUCCGAAAUGGUCUGUUCGUGUUCGCAUGGGUCACCCGGACCAGGGCGGCUUGAUGAUCUGCGUCGCUUGUGUCAUUGAGAUGAUGGAAAGCAAAAACGUUGCGUCUGUGAGAAAGUCUGUGGCGCUAUCAGGGAUCAGUGGGAUCCUGAAGAGCUGUCCUGGGGCUCUGAAGGAGCUGCUACUGCAGGACCACAGGGUCUGUCUGCAUUUCACAGCAUCUUUACUGGGGAUGCUUCACACAGUAGAGGACCCAGCCACUCUGGAGCAGGCCAUACAGGUGCUGGUUCAGCUGCUCUUGGAGUUACAGAGUGAACAGUAUGUGUGCUACAUCCUGGAUGAGAUAGACACACAACUGUGUGACCAGUCCAGUGUGAGGGGUUUCCUGCCCACCUUCACCUUCUUGGGGAAGCUGGUAGAUGCUGUUCCUUCCCUGCCACAGAGCCUGGCCUCCAGCCAUGUGCCCCUGUUGGAGCGGUUGUGCUCCACGCUGCUCUACCCAGACGAGGGUCUGAAGGCCUCAGUGUUCUACGUGUGGCAGAGGGUGUGGGGGGCGGGGGGAGCGGCCCAGUCCCUGCCAUCCCCCCUCAGAGACAGGGUGUGUGUGCUGCUGAUGCAGACCCUGUCCCACGCCUGCUCCUCUCAGCUCACCAUCAACUGCCUGGGCUUCCUGAAGCAGCUGCUGAAGCUGGGUGAGGUGGUGUCUGUGCUGAUGAACAGCCCCUGUGAGCAGAUCCGGUCUGAUCUGGAUCAGAGCCUGGACCAGGACCAAGAGGCCCAGUCCAGCACCCAGCUCUCCCUGGAGCGCUGCUCACUGCCACUCAUACUCAAAAAGCUGUUGCUGUGUGGGGAUGAGACAUUGCAGGUGGCCAGUGCUCAGUGUAUGGCUGCUAUCCUGGUCCACUCCCCCAGCCAGUACUGUGCUUCCUUCAUCCAGGCAGACGUACCUGAGUUUCUGUUUGAGCGUCUGAACAGUGGCAGUGAGGUGCUGCUGUGGUCCGUCUACAGCUGUCUGCUGCUGCUCACUGAGGACCCGCUCUUCUUCUCUCAGUGUCACUCUGUCUACGGUAUUGAGUCUCUGGUACGCAGUCUGAAGGAGGCCCUGAGGCUGACUAACGUGGAGGUGCAGAGACAGGGCCUGCUGCUGCUCACAGAGAUACUGGAGAGGCAGCCUGCGGGGGUGCGUCUGUUCCCCAGCGCUCCAGGGUUUGUGGCCGUGGCAGAGGCAGUGCUCUCUGGAGUCUGCUCCCCCAGUCUGCAGGUGGCAACACAGGCAGCCCACGCUGCCACCGCCCUCCUCAGGGUGAACCACCAGUCCAGCCCAGUACAGUACAAACAGCUGGAGAAGCUGGUGGAAGACAUUAUUGCUCGGUGCACUGAGCUGCCCUUACCUGCCUCCUCACGGUGCCGAGUGAGCCUCAGAGGAGAUGAGCCCAGCAGCCAGGCCUCGAGAGCGGGAGGGUUUCUACUCCAGGCCCUGGUCUGUUUCCAUGCCGCCUGCAGGCUAGUGGAGCAGUGUUCGUCUGAGCCUGGCCUGAAGGAGAAUGUGUUCACAGCUCCAUCCAAGCAGGUUCAGGACCCGCUGGAGUCCCUGUGUCUGUGUCUGCUACACUGCUGUGACACUGUUUGCAUCCCCACCGUCACAAGGCAUUGUGAGCUCGCCCCCAGCGCCCAGGUGCUCCAGCACUUCUUCUCCAUCCUGUCGUACCAGUUCUCCCUUCUACCCUCCCUCAUGCCCCUCUUCGCUGCCAAACUAGCAUCCUCUGGUUUCUUCAGGCUGGCUCUGGAGCACAAAGCUGUCCUCUGUGCAGGAAACCGAAACCCAGCUCUGAAUGCAGCCUGCUGUGGUUUUCUGCAGAGGCUCAGUGUGUCUCUUCUGUCCCAACCAGACCCUGCAGCCAGCAUCCUCCCACAAGACUGUGAGGAGAUAGAGGCUGUGUUGAGGUCCAGCCUGCCCUCUCUGUGUUGUCGUGUGUGUGAGUGGCCCUCUCUGCUGUGUGAGUCCCCAGGGCCCCAAUGUGACCCUGCCGGCCCCAGGGCCACUCAGUACUGUCUGCUCACAUUGCUGCACCUGGCCCUGCAGCAUGGAGACAGGCUGCUCCCUGACUCCACGGUGUUCUCCUGUGUGGUGACUCUGCUGUGCUCUGUGCAGGAGCAGGGAGACUCGGCCCUGCCUCCCUGUGUGCUCAGGUCUGCCCUCUACCUGCUGUCUGUCACACAGGACAAGAGCCCCGACCUGGACUGGGCUCCUCUAAACUGCAUCAGCAAGGCCCUGUCCUCCAGCCCCAGUUUCGCCUCCCUCUACACCCACCACCCUCCACUCCUACACUUCCUCUUCCGCUACCCAGAGCUGGCCGAGCACUUUGGGCCCCGGGUCCUGGAGCUGUGGUUGUCCCACCGUGCUCAGGCCACACCGCAGUCAGACACAAACAGUAAGAAGACAAAGGGCCCGUCAGAGCAGAACCAGGAUCCAGACAACACAGCCCUGCUGACUCUGCUGGAGAAGAGCCCCACUGUCAUACUGAACUUGCUGGGCAUGGUGUGUACCAGCGAAGCUCCCCUGGCAGAACGUGCUGUAGAGGUGCUGGGGAGUUUCCUGCAGGGCCGGCGGGGCUGUAAUGCCGGCCUGUGUACCCUACUCAGACCCACUCUGCUACAGGUGCUCCAGAGACUGGGCCUGGAGAGCAGCCAGGGGACAGGAGCCGUGGGCUCUCUCCCUCUGGUCCUGAGGUUGCUUUGCCUGAUGCAGACCAGUGGCUCCACUGAGAAUGAGAUGGACGGCAUCCACUUCAAACUGCUCUACCACGUGAGUAACCUGGCAGGGAAGCUGCAAGCCUCCAACACGGAGUGUCUGCUGCCAGCCUUCAGCUACCUGUACUGCUGUCUGCGCCUGUCACCCCCUCACUGCACUGACAGAGCUGUGUCCAUGCUGCUGUGUAACGCCGGGCUGAUGGACCAACUGCAGGCUAUGCUGGACCUCUCCUCAUCCCUCUCUCCUCCGUCUGCCCUGCUGUGCUGCUCUCGUCUGCUCCUGUCCUCUCUCGUCACCCUGCAGCACACUCAUUCAGCUCAGGUCCAUAGAAGCAUCAGGUUGAACCUGGGCAGCACGGUGCAGGCCCUGGUCUUUGGGAAGAGGAAGACAGGCAGCCUCUUACUGGCUAGUUCCCUGAGGCUGCUGCAGGCUGUUCUAGACGUUGACCUGGAGUCUCCAGUGCUGUGUGUGAGUGUUGGCCCCAGGGCAGGACAGAGGCCCCUGGGGGACACAGACAGCUCUCUGCACCCGCUGGGAUCCUACGGGGCCCACUGCCUCAUCACCACACUCUACGGCCUCCUGCUGCAGAAGCAGGAGCUGUUGCUCAGUGUGUCAGUGAACUGCCUGGGGUCUCUGCUGCGGUUUCUGCAAAGGAGAAGUCCAUCUACAGCCCAGCAUGUGGUGUGUCAGCCCUGGAGUCGCUUCCUGCUCUACUCUCUGCUCAACUCUGGAGAGAGCUGCCUGCUGCACCCAGCCACACUCACACUACUCACACUGCUGUUGCGGUAUGGCAGUAGGGUAGUGGUGUGGGAGCCAGACCUGUGUCAGGUGUUGGAGGCGGUGGAGAAGAGAGGCCUGAACGAGCUGGGAGAAAACACAACACAGGCCCUGAGACAGCUGCUCACACAGCUCCAGUGCAGUAUAUUCCACCCCCCUCCUACAGAGGAGAGCAGACUGCGGGCCAAUACUCUGAUGGAGUCACUGAACUCCCUGCCUCCCACAGCCAACGACGACCUGCCCACCAGCAUUCUGCGUGUUGGAGAGAUGUAUCUCUGCCUGUCCGACUUCACUGUGAAGACAGACGGACACAAUGGCUCUCAGUUAUAGACCUGUUUGAUUUAUUGAUCUAUUUAUUUAUGGCUGUUUUUGCAACCAAACAGCCUUAUUCUGAAGAGGUGUCUGGUAGGACUCCUGUCAUAUUAUUACUGAUUUACUAUGUCAAUAAAAUAACUAGGGGGAGCAUUCCAUUAAUUUGCCUUUAGGUUUGAGGUCUUUCAAUAAUAUAAGUUUAUUAUAAAGAAUUGUUUGGAAAAGAACAGUUGUCAUAUGUCAUUUCAGUAGAAAUAUAGGCCAAUCUGAGGCCACCGAUUUGGAUGUUCAUGGCUCGAUGGGAUACAGAUAUCAAAUUGAAGUCAAACGUUUUUGUUUUGUGCAUUUUAGCUAACCAUAACUAUUUUCCUAAAAUGAACCUAAUUCUCCUAAUUUAUUAGAUUAAUUAUCCUAACCUGCAGCUUAAGUUCUCCUGACCUGCUUCUAAAAGUACAUUCUGGUCAAUUCUGACAUAAGCUGUAUCCCAGCGGUAGGCAACCCUGUUGCUUGAGUACUGCAGGAUUUUGUUCCCAACUAGGCACUACACCUGACCAACUGAGCUAAUUGAUCAGUAAAGUGAUUUCCUAAAUGCAACACAACUGGUCUUCCUGGUUGAAGCAAAAACAUGAAGUGGCUGCGGCACUCCAGGACCAGGGUUGCCUACCCUUGCUGUAUCCCUUCUAGCCGAUUUACUGCCAACUGCAGUUAUGGAACGUUUGCUCACGAGUAUAGUUCAUUGGCUGAUCCCUCCUGGUGAUCUGGAUGGAGGUACUGUAUGUGAUCCUUCAUAACCCAUAGGAAGUCCCACCCAGUUGACUACUUCAAAUGGUGAAAGUCCCCAAUGGUGCUGCCCAUGCUGAAACGGGCUUUUGGCAUUAGAGUCCUCUGUCUAUGCGUUUACUUACUUUCGUGAUAAGUGGGAGUGGGAGGGGGAGGGAUUUACCGCGUACAACGGCCUGUGUGCCGCUCUAAAAUAUCCGUCUGGAAACGACCUCCUUCCAUGUAAUCGCUGGCUGUCAUUCGUCCAAGCAGAGCCAGCCGGUGCGAUCGUGGCAGUGGCGGAGUGGAGCAAGCGACUUCUGUAUGUAAAUUAACAUUUCAAACGCGAUAUUGUUACCUGAGUAUUGUAGCAAAUACUCCGCAACUGAUGUCUCCAUCUUUACGAGGAAACUGAUGCUAGCGAGAAAGAAUCGUUGGUUUCGCUAUCGUUUUAUAUCGUGCUGUUUCUUACUACGAGAGUGCCUCACCAUCGCCACCUCUUGACCAUGCUGAGUGUGUGUACAGUCGUCCUGGUGGUUGCUGCUGCAGCCCUCUCCUCUGCAGACUCCGACACACACAGACAUGACUCCAACCUGGAGAUCUACAAGCGUCUGUUUGAGACCAAGAGGAAAGACCAGCUAAAUGCUCUGAAGAACCUGGUGGAGCUCAAUGACAUCAACCAGCAGUAUAAGAUCAUAGACAUCAUGCUGAAGGGCUUGUUUAAGGUACAAUGGCUCCACUCCUGUUUAACUUCCCUUCAUGCUGACUAUUAGCUAGAAACAGGAUGUUGUGGCCUUAGCGGGAAGUAAUUGCGGUGUUAGUUUCUUAGCAUGUUUAGAUUAUUAUGAUCGAAUGAGUAGGCAAAUAAGGCCACUUGCUAAGUAGUAUCUAAGUAGCCGGUCACUAAUAAGACUAGAGUAACCCGGAUUUAGCUUCCAAGUCUUCCUAUUGUGCUUGAGGCAUCACUGUAUAUACUGUUUGAUUCUCAGAGGACAUAUCUGCUAUGUUGUAUCUGCUCUCUGCCCAAGGACAACUAUGGUAGUGAACCCACAAUGGGCAAUCUACAUUGUGUAUGUGUGUGUUCUGUGAAGGUGUUGGAGGACUCGAAGGCUGUCCUUACUGCAGCCAACAUGCAGGCUGAUGAUCCCUUCCCCAUCGAUGACAAAAUCAAAGAAGCCUACUCCCAUGUGGUGGAGAACACGGCGUUCUUUGGGGACGUUGCGUUGCGUUUCCCACGUAUUGUCCACCACUACUACGACCGUAACCCUGACUGGGGCGUCCUUCUGCGAUGGGGGCUCCGCUUCUGCAACCUCACUGGGGUGUUCACCGGGGGGGCACACCAGCAUGUUCUCUCACUGAUGUCGCAGGAGUUGGGAAUAAUAGAGAAAUCCCCAGACUUCACCAACCCAUACCGCACUGAGAGAGACGACGUGCUUCACACUGCAGAGGCUUUUCAGAAGAUCCUGAGGGAGGAGGAGAAGAGGAGGAGGAAAGAGGACAAGAGGAAAGAGAUUAGGAAGGGCCCCCGCAUCUCCCGCUCCCGUACUGAGCUAUAGUACUUUACCUCAACUCUUGGAGAGAAAUGAAGAGGAGAAGGAAAAUGUAUGGGGAUGUCCUGAGUCCUAGAUUCAGUGAUGAAGAGGGAGGAGAGGAAGUGGGGGUUGGGUGUUGGAACCGGUGAGUUCUGUCAGAACUAGAAGUGUUUAUGUGGCACAGGAACAAACUGGAGAGAAGGAAAGGAGGUUGAGCUCUAUCUGUGGAAUCAGACUUACUGUAUACAGAACUGUGCCCAACCUGCAGUUAAUAUGAAACAAAGAACAUACAGCUAGCACUAUGUUGAAGAUUUAAUAAGGAAAGCUCAUUUUCAUAACUAGAUUACAUAACUGUACUUUGGAAGAAACAGCGAAUACCCAAUAUGUUAUCUUUUUUUGUGAAUAGAUUGAAUACAAUUUACUAGCAUACAAUUGUUUUGAUGAUGGCAUUUGUACGUAUGAGUUUACAUUCCCAUUCAACAAGCUUCAAAAUAUAAAGCUUGAAUAUGUUGAAUUCUGUUUUGUGUUGAAGUUUUCCUGUCGCCUUCUCCAGAGUCAGCAGAUUUAUAUAAUGAGAUUUUAUGAGUUUGUUGUUGAAAGGUCCUACUGUAGGUGUAUCCUCUUAAUUUGCGGUACAAGUGUUGAUCUUGAGCGCAGAACCAUUUUUCAUGAUGUCUGCCACUUGCUUUCCUAGAGCCGAAUGCUUUCUUAGCUCUGUGUGUGACUGUCAGCAUGAGUGUUAAAUGGGGUUUGGUCACUUAUGAUAUAAAUGAAACUAUUUGACAUAUUAUUUUGUCUACAAUUAGGGAGGGAUAAUGUCUUAGAGCUGUGUCUUUUGGCAACCACUCAUCAGCUUCAACUUCUAUAUCAUGUCAUAUUUGUUUCUGUCCAUCUGAUGGCCAUAAUGAAAUGUCAGAACAGCAGUCACCUAGAACAAUGCCUUUAAAAAACAUAUAUAUUUUGGCAUAUCUAGGGAAGAUCUUAUGCCAUAUUUGUCCUGUCUCCUCAAAAUCCAAUCAAACAGAAAUCCCUCCUCUCUGAUCACCUCCUAUGGGUUUUGAGGAGGAGAGCAGAUGCGAGGAGUUUGCAAUUGAGAUAUUCCCCUAGUGUUUUGUGGCCUCUUGACAUUUUGAGGGAAAUUGGCUCAUUUUAAUGCAAGGAAGUUAUAUUCAAUAUACAGAGGUGAUGACUGAUUGAUUAUGAUUUGCUAUAGUUUUGUAAAUGGACUGUUAUUUAUGUAUGUUCAGAGCAGUGCAGGCUGGUGGGAGGAGCUAAAGGAGGAUGGGUUCAUUUUAAUGGAUGGAAUGGAGUUCACAGGUUUGUUUUAUUCCAUUCCAGCCAUUACAAUGAGUAUGUCCUCCUAUAGCUCAUCCCACCAGCCUCCUCUGGUUCAGAUUAAGCGUCUCAUUACUGAGAAUUUACUAUCGUGAGUAGAUUUAUCAUACAUUUGUUAAGUUUAAUAAAAAAUGAAUUACUAUGAA